AUGGAGUGCUACAGCUGUAUGUCGACGCUGUACGAAAGCAUGUGGUUCGACGCCGGUCUGUCGAUGCUGUACCAACGCCCGGAGGUGUUUACCAACCACUGCAACUCAGGCGCGUUCGAUCAGUACAAAGUCGGGCGUAAACGUUGUCCUGACCAUUGUGUCGUUAUCGAGAACGAGAACGUUGUUUUUGGUAAGUGGUUGACCGUUGCGCUAUUACUCAAGCCUCUUUUUGCCGGCCCUCAGGGGGUCACACCGACCGAAACGGUCCAUCGUGCGUCAUGCGUUGUCACACGUAGUGCUUCUUGGACCGCGUCCUUCUCGACGACGUCGUUAACAUAG